AUGACUGAUGAGAAUAAAAAUUUCACAUGGAGAUUUCCAUUUGAGCACCCGGACACUUGUCUUCAAGAAUCGAAAUUGUCCGAUGACAAUAUUGAAUGCGAAUUCUCCAAAGCGCUGACCUAUAUACGCAGGCUAGAUUUGAAGAACGACGAAGAACUCGUGGCUGUUAAUCUUAAGCGUUUUAUACAUUCAAGAUUAGAUUCAGCAUAUGAGCAGCCAAAUAUUGUACAUGAAAUCGUUCAAAAGGCGGUCAAAUUGUACGAGGAGUGCCAAGAAAGUACGGCUGUUAUGCUUAGUGAUGAUGAAUCAAUUGCAAAAUUUCAGGGGCGUAGUCUAUCCUCUGCUAUCAAAUAUAACCCCGUUCUUCUCAAAAACGAGUUAUCUCUACAGUACGUUUUUUAUCAAAUCAUUUGCCUUCUUGAGUGCUUUCACAAUCAAAGAAUUCCUUAUUUAAAUUUGGCGACCAAGAACAUUUUCGUUAAUAAUCUAUUGCAAGUCAAUAUUGCCCCACCUGAACAAAAUAUAGAAGAUUCAACCCGAUUUCCUGUUAAUUCUGCCGAUCUCUUUGUGGAUAAUACAUGUGAAAUAAAGAACUCGAGUGAAUUUUAUAAAGUUCUUUGCGGGUGGGUUCUCAGAAACAUAUCCAACUACGACUAUCUUAUGUACAUCAAUCGUUUGGCUGGAAGAAAAGCUGGUGAUCCGACAGCCAGUGCAGUUUUGCCAUGGGUAACUGAUUUUUCAUCACCCUUCGACCCAGAUAAAAGCAGCAACAAGCAACAGUGUCUUCGAGACCUCACUCGGACUAAAUUUCGUCUGAAUAAGGGCGAGCACCAGUUAGACGCAACUUACCUUCACUCAACUGAACACACAGACGCCUUCUCGGGAGGGACUUUUGUGCCCCACCACCUCCUCGAUAUGAUGCCUAAUCUCGCUUACUACACAUAUAAGGUAUGCAGUUUCUUGUUUUCACAAGAUCGCCAAGACGCAUUAGAUGAUCGAAUGGUAUCCAGAAAAUGUGCAACAAAUGUAAUUUUUCAGUAG